CCUUAUCUCUUGAGGGGAGUAGCUCAUUAACCUGGUCUUCCCCUCCUCUUUGUCUUGCAUAGCCUUUGCUUCGUGACCUCAUUAGAUGGAGAAGGGAAGAGAUUCUUCAGUCCUGAUGGAGCCCAGAGCGAAAGUGGAGAAACCAAACCAGCCCAGCCCUGAAGGAGGAAGAGAGCCCUGCCAAACCUGGGGCAGGAAAUGUGUUUGGUUCCCGAGCGCAAUGGGCAAGGAUGUCUGGAAUGAAAAGGUCUUCAUCACAUACCUUCAGGCCCAACGCUUCCGGCGCUUCCGCUUCCAGAAGGACUUGGGGCCCCGAGAGUUUUGCAGCCGCCUCCACUCUCUCUGCCACCUGUGGCUGAAGCCUGAGGAGCAUACAAAGGCAGAGAUUCUGGACCUGUUGAUCCUGGAGCAGUUCCUGGCUGUCCUUCCUGAGGAGAUGGGGUGCUGGGUGAGGGAAUGUGGGGCAGAGACCACUUCCCAGGCCGUGGCCUUGGCUGAAGGCUUCCUCCUGAGUCAGGCCGAAGAGGAGACGUCGCUCCACAAAGAGCGGCAGGUGAGAAAGAUGCAUCAGGCCCAGAAGGCCCCACCAGGCAGCACCAGCCAGGGCUUCCCUUCUGGGCGGAUCAUGCUGGAGAAGGGCACAGGAGAGUCUCCACCAGGAGAUGAGCCAAGAGUGCUGGAAAGACAUGGCGGCUCCACUCUUUGUGAUGCAGGAGAAGUGGCAUCCAUUCAGCAAGAUCAGGUGAUAUUUGAGGAUGUGGCUGUACAUUUCAGUGUGGAGGAGUGGGCCUUACUGGAUCCAGAUCAAUGGGCCCUGCAUGGGGAAGUCAUGGAAGAAAAUUACAGGAUGGUGGCUUCUCUGGGUGGCGAUGGACGAGGGAGUGACGAUGGCGGAACUCCAAGUAAAAUGUGGAUAAAAACAGCAAGAAGUAAAAAGGAAGAAGAAAGAAGACCAAGAAUCGAAUCGGAAGGAUAUAACAGGAACCGGUGCCCUGCUGACAGCAGGGAAAUCACAAUCCAAGAGACAACAGACGCAAGCGGGGAGAUUGGAAAGAGCCCUGUCUUUGAGAAUAGCUUCUUCCAAGAGGCAUCUAAUACAAAUCCUACACACAGUGAAAAAUACCAAAUUAUGGACAAGUCAUAUAAAUGCCUGGAGUGUGGAAAAUGCUAUCCUCUAAAAGGAAUCCUCAACGCACACCAAAAAACCCACACAGGAGAGAAGCCAUUUAAAUGCCUGGAGUGUGGAAAAUGUUUCUUUCAGAAAGGACACCUCAAGACACAUGAAAUAACCCACACAGGAGAGAAGCCAUUUAAAUGCCUGGAGUGUGGAAAAUGCUAUCCUCUAAAAGGAGCCCUCAACGCACACCAAAAAACCCACACAGGAGAGAAGCCAUUUAAAUGCCUGGAGUGUGGAAAAUGUUUCUUUCAGAAAGGACACCUCAAGACACAUGAAAUAACCCACACAGGAGAGAAGCCAUAUAAAUGCAUGAAGUGUGGAAAAUGUUUCUUUCAUAAAGGACACCUCAAGAAACACGAAAGAACCCACACAGGAGAGAAGCCAUAUCAAUGCCUGGAGUGUGGGAAAGGUUUUGUUUCAAAUAGCAGUCUCAUUGGGCAUGAAAUGAAUCACAGAGGAGAGAAACCCUAUAAAUGCUUGGAGUGUGGAAAAGGUUUUCUUUCAAAUAGCAGUCUCGUUAGGCAUGAAAUGAAUCACAGAGAGGAGAAACCCUAUAAAUGCCAGGAGUGUGGAAAAGGUUAUUCUGAUAAGAGAAGUCUUAUUGGACAUGAAAUUGAACACAGAGGAGAGGAAACCCUAUAAAUGCCUGGAGUGUGGAAAAGGUUUUCUUUCAAAUAGCAGUCUCAUUAGGCAUGAAUUGAAUCACAGAGAAGAGAACCUCUAUAAAUGCCAGGAGUGUGGAAAAGGUUAUUCCGAUUGGAGAAGUUUUAUUGGACAUGCAAUUGAACACAGAGGAGAGAAACCCUAUAAAUGUCUUGGAGAGACAGCCUAAAGGUGCACCAAAACACUCACAUGGGAGAGAAGCCAUAUAAAUGCCUGGAGUGCGGGAAGAGUUUCUUCUGGACAAGGGAUCUAAAGCUGCACCGAUACGCUCACAUAGGCGAGAAGCCAUAAAAAUGCUUAGAAGAAGAAAAGGCCUACAAAGGUCUGGAGUGUGGGAAGAGUUACAGCCUUAAAUCUGUUCUCAGAGUUCACCAGAAGAGUCAUACAGGAGAGAGUGGGAAGAGUUUUAGCUACAAAUCAGACCUUACAAAUGUCCAGAAUAGUCAUAGAGAAGAGAAACCAAAGACAUGUCUGGAGUGCGGGAAGAGCUUCCAUUGGAGAGGAAGUCUCAAGCCCACCAGAAAACCCACAUGGGAGAGAAGGCAAAAAGCCAGGAAUCUGAUAAGAGUUUGAACUGCACAUCAGUCCUCAAAGAUUCACCAAAUACAAAGAUAAAUUGUAUAUAUUCCUGAAUUUUGGAAAACGUUGAGUUCCACAACAAGCUUCACAAUGUAGUAAAAAACCAUAUGAGAAAGAAGCCAUGGAAAAUGCCUGGAAUGUGGUAAAGCCAUCACUCAGAGGAAAAAUCCCAUGAAGCAUGAAAUGAAUCUCAUAGGAGAGAACUUUCUAAAUGCUCAGAGGGUGGGAAGAGUUGUGUUCUCAAAUCAGGUCUCCAAAUGCUCCAGGAGAAAAAGCGUACACACGCCAAGAGCGUGGGAGAAUUCAGUUCUCAGUAGGCACCACAAUAGUCACGCAAUGAAGGAGACAUGUGGACAGAAAACUGGCCUAGCCUUUGUAUUGAUUCCCUCUUGUCUAGACUGACUCAAGUCAUCUUGGACCUUUUUUUUUUUUUUUGGCACACCUGGCAGGUUCAGCCCAGUCCUGGCCUUGUGGCCCUGUCGCCGCUUCAACGGUUGAGAGGAUGUGGGAUGCACACUAGUUUCCUCCUUUUCAGCUUUUUUUUGUUUGUUUUAGAGAGUUCACUGAAAUUUACUCAGUUUCUUGUACUCUUUUGCAAAUACUCAGAGUGAAAUAAAGACAUCAUAUGGCCUCAUGGUGUAAUGGG